AUAUGUUGUCCUCCCGCGCUUCCUCCACGUCCUACUCCUCCAAAGUUGACGCAGUCUCUCCUUCCUAAUGACUGUGGAUUUAGCAGCUACGUCCCAGUCGCUGAGGGAGAAGAAGUCCCACUCAACAGCUACCCGUGGAAUGCAGUUCUGCAGUACAAAGACAUUUCAAAAGGAAAACUGAACACUGAUCGCGUACACUGUUCAGGAUCAGUCAUCAACGACAGAUACGUUCUUGUUCCUGCUCAAUGUGCCUUUAAAAACUUGACAGUGGACAGAGGACUAGAGUUAGUCGAGGUUCUGGUCGGGGAAUGGGACACCUCGACGGACCCCGAUUGCACGAACGGCAGCAGAAGAAGACACGCCUGCGCGCCCCCCGUGCAGAGGUUCGCCGUUGAGGAAGUCACUCUCCACCCGGACUUCUUCGCGCGCGGGGUCCUCUCCGACGACCUCGCCCUCCUCAGGCUCAGGAGGCCUAUUGACUUCAAGGCGGCCGCGGGAUUCAUUCGGCCAGUGUGCCUCCCGCGCGUCGACAGCCCCGCAGAAGUAGUGCUUGCAGAUGGAGCCAUUUUAACCAGCUGGAAUGCGACGUCGCACAGGCCUCGCAACCACAUUUUGUCGUACGUUGAUAAGGCCACUUGCGAUAAGGUCCUGCGAGACACUUUUGUUAACGAGCAGGUAAAGAAUGAGCAUUGUAGUUAAUUACGUUUUAAGCUACAUGGAGUGAAGCUAGAUGAUUUUCCUGUACCUAUGCAUAUUUGCCUAUCAACCUAUCUAUUUAU